AUGGCAGCCGAGACUUACGGACAUCGUCUUUUGUAUACCGAAAAGGAUAUUUUUCCUAAUGACGUCAUGUUGGAGUACGCUACCGAUGAGUGCUACCUUUCUUGGCCGAGAUCCCCAGACUCUGGACGCUCGAGCCUGGAACCUACAUCUUCAAUGGAUGGAAACCAGGAAUCACCAACUCAUAUCGCUUACAGAGGCUUGUCAAACGAUCUGCUAGAAGAUAGUUCAGACGUGGAUCUAGAAGGAUCUGGAAAGCGACGGGGUAGAGCCACCAGCGCGGCUGUGUUAAGAAGACGACGUUUAGCCGCAAACGCAAGAGAAAGACGACGCAUGCAAAAUUUAAACAAAGCCUUCGACAGACUCCGAGGACACUUACCGUCUCUAGGUGCCGACCGACAACUGUCCAAAUACGAAACUCUACAAAUGGCCCAAACUUACAUCGCAGCGUUAUACGAACUCUUACAA